GCUUGAUGUUUUUUCUAUCAGGGUGGUGGCCGCUGUUGUGCUUCAUAGCUUCCAGAUCAAAAGCAUGGGAAUGUUGAGAGGGAAUUUCUGACGGAAAACUUGCGUAAAAGUUGCUCGAUAAGUUACUGUAACUUUCCAACAACAAGCUUCUUCCAUAUUUCAGGAGUUCCUCUGUUAACACCACUGUUAGUGAAGCUCUGCUGGGACGUUUCAACCAGCGAACAAUCCGGACAAAGAAACAGACUAGUGAGCUAACGUUAGCUGUUAGCUGUUAGCUCCCAGGCUAACCUAGCAUUCCUCUAGCUGCGGCGCAAUGCAGGCCAUAAAGUGUGUCGUUGUCGGAGACGGAGCUGUGGGUAAGACCUGCCUGCUCAUCAGCUACACCACCAAUGCCUUUCCUGGAGAGUACAUCCCCACAGUGUUCGACAACUACUCCGCCAAUGUUAUGGUGGACGGGAAGCCGGUGAACCUGGGCCUUUGGGAUACAGCAGGACAAGAAGAUUAUGACAGACUCCGCCCACUUUCCUACCCACAGACGGAUGUGUUUCUCAUCUGCUUUUCGCUAGUGAGUCCUGCCUCCUUUGAAAACGUCCGUGCCAAGUGGUACCCUGAGGUGAGACACCAUUGUCCCAACACUCCCAUCAUCCUGGUUGGCACUAAGCUGGAUCUGAGAGAUGACAAGGACACCACGGAGAAGCUGAAGGAGAAGAAACUUAAUCCAAUUACAUAUCCCCAAGGACUGGCGAUGGCCAAAGAGAUCGGUUCCGUCAAGUACCUAGAGUGCUCAGCCCUGACUCAACGUGGCCUUAAAACUGUGUUCGACGAGGCCAUCCGGGCCGUCCUAUGCCCUCCACCCGUCAAGAAGAAGGCCAGGAAGUGCCGUCUCCUCUAAGACUUCCUUCACUGGAACGGUUACCGGGGAACAUGGCCGCUAGUGGUGAGGGGUGGCUAAAGACACAGGAGAAACACACCAGUAUACACACAAAAACAAUGUACUUCAGAUUCUUUCCUUCCAUAAGUGUAGCUACAGCAGUUCUACCAACGGUUUCCAUGAAAUAUUUGACAUACGGUCAGAUUUAGGAGAAGGGGUUGGAAGCUUAUAGACCCUAGCUCUUUCCCAACAACGCUAACAACGCAUACUGUAUAGACAAGACUAUGAAAUUCUUGAGGCCUUCUAAAAUGGAUUGGAUGUUUUGUAAAAAUGGACCGUGGAAUGUUUUCAAUUUGUUCUUCCACUGGUUGUCCGCCUUUUUUUGUUUUGUUUACAGUCUUGGUUGUUUGUUUUGAGUGGAAGGAAUAUUGCCAAAUGCAUCCCUGCAGACGUGCUGUAUUUUAACAGAAAAGAAAACCUUCGUUCUAUCAUCUCAAACCUUUUUAAACCUUCAGAAUACAGCUGACCGUUUGCUGUCGUGUGCUGCUGUUUGUUCGGCUCCAUAAUCAAUGGCCUUUUAUUCAUUUCCACUUAUCGAGGGCGGUCACGUGUCAUCGCGGCCGUCAACAAGGAACUUGAAGUAAAUCAUCUGUGAAGUUCUUUUUUGCUUCAAAUUACUGUUUGUGCACAAAUCAAUCUCUUUCCAGUUAGUCGGUUUUCAGUCCUAGCACAUGAUUCAUGUUAAUUCAUUCUCGUGGAUUGAAUGACGCCUGAGACGUACUGAAAAUCCACACUGGGAACAGAGCCUCUGACACCAACUGUGCUAUUAAAACCCCGACAAAUCGAAAUGAUCCAGUAUUUUAUGUGUUUGGCUCCAAUCGGACCAGUCAAGUUCAUGGUAUUUUAUUUUUCUUUCCUCUUUCACAAUAUUUCCCUAGAAGUGUCUCUGAACUGUGUAGCUGCCCAGGAGUACAACGCUGAAAACUUUAUUAGAAUAUCGGAUUAGAACUGUUUAGGUGUUUUGGUGGCGGGGAACAAGAGCACCUUCAAUGCUCUGUGGGCAUUUAUCAGAAACCUUUUGUGCAGCACAUUUGAUUCUUAAUAUCAUCACUACUGGCUAAGCAAUGUCACUAAGAAGAGCAUUCAUGCCUGCUAAUAACAGUAACAAAGCUACUGUUGGUUAUGGUGUAGUAAACCGUGUACUCAUCUUUUUGUUAUAAUCAUGUGAUUUGACUGUUUUGUAUCUUUCUUCACAGAAGUUACACUUCACUCACUGUAUUGUUAAACUAACACUAUGAAUAUCCUUUUGUUUAUUACCUCUCCAGUUAACGCUACCUUAAUCUCCCUACAAGCCUAGCUUUUUGUAAUUAAUGCUGACAGCAUGUAUGUGCAACAUAUACUGAAAACUAAGAUUAGUAUCGCAACAGUUAUAUUUUUUGCCUAUUUUACAAAAUGUAUUUGAACUACUAGAUCAGGGGUUAAGUACAUGUUGCUCAUCUGUAUUGUAUUCAGACAUCAAGCUGUGCUUUAAUUCAAGCCAAUGUUGUGACUCUUUACUUUUAUGGAUAAAAGCUAUUGUCACUUUUUUGAAGAAGCCAAUAAAUUCAAGUUAAAACCGA